AUGGGGAAGGCAUGUGCGGAGGAACAGAACGUUGAGCGGGCAGCGUCCCCAAAGCCGAUUCCAACAACGCGGCUCUACUACAACGACACGUAUCAGUUUGAAGGCAACGCGGAAGUGCUGUCUGUGUUUGAGUGCGAGGACAGCGAUAAUGGCGAUGGAUCGAAGCAGUGGAUUGUUCUUCUGAACCAGACGCUGUUUCAUCCCCAAGGAGGUGGGCAGCCAAGCGACACGGGGACCAUCACCAAGGAUGACGCCGUGUUUCGCGUCACUCACGUGCGCAUCUCCAAGGAUCGCCAUGGCGUGGUCGAACACCUGGGCACUUUUGCCAACCCCAACAGCACCUUGUGCGCUGGCGACGAGGUCUCCCUUGCUGUUGAUGCAGACAAGCGCCGCCGCCACGCAAGCAGACUGCACUCGGCCGGGCAUCUGCUGGAUGCGGCGAUGCACUCGGCCGGGCAUCUGCUGGAUGCGGCGAUGCAGGCGAUUGGACGAACGGACCUGGACACACGCUUGCAUUUGCAUUGUGCGCGCGCCACAGAGUACAUUGGGGCAAUCCCCGCUGAGGAGCGGGCGGCUGUGGUCGCAAGGCUGAACGAGGCCGUCUCAACGCUCGUCAGCAAGAACACAGAUGUCUCUAUGCGCAUCUACGAUGUGGAGGGGUCCGAACUCCCGCGUCGUGUUGUCUCCGUUGGCGGGUGCGAGUGCGCUUGCGGCGGCACCCACGUCAACAACACCAGCCAGCUGCAGGGCCUGCGGGUGACGCGCAUCAAGAAGAACAAGAAGGCGGCGAAGGUGUACUACGAGCUGGACGAACAGGCGGCAAGCAACGAUGCAGAAGGAAAGAAAACCCAUGCAACACAGACAACCCAAGACGAACACCCACCACAGGCACACGCACAAUCACAGGAGACGCAGGAGACGCAGGAGGCACGUGCAGAGGUGUGA